UUGUGAACAAAAGCAAACAGUUCGUGAUCAUCUGUUGGCGACCAAAGACGCGUUUCUGCCUGCCAGCUACCAACAUUGCAACAAGGUAGUAUUUUUCCAUUCUCAAAGCUUUGUCCAGGUCUCCCUUUUGAAGUCUCAACAUCCACUCCUCCGUCUCCGACUUGUGUCUUUCCCCCACUUUGGCCGAACCAUACCAUUGCCCUGAAACCACUUCUCCGUCCGUUCUUCUAAACCGGCAGCGCCUUGACAACCUGCAACAUCCUCCCACGCGUCCCUACCACGCACUCGGCAGCUUACUAGGUACCUGCGCCUGCCAUUCAUCACUAUAAUGAGGUCCCCGCACCCUAUACCACAAGCCAUCGGUGCUGGUGCCAACGCCGUAAACAGCACCACCAGCUUGAGUCUGAGGCAAUGCCGCCGGCGCUUCUUUGCUUCCUCGCCUUCAUCCUCAAUUCCUUCCACGUCCCGUUAUCCAGUACAUCUUGGCGCCAUGGAGAGGAAAGAUCAGACAUGGAAUUCAAGCCGGGGCAUCACGUUUGCUGGCGAUAGUCGCCGAGUAGUUGGAUACCCGCAACUACCAUCUUUGGCAAGAUAUCACAGCGACUCUGCCGUAUCAACAGCCUCAAAUCCGGAACCUGUUCUUGAUGGCGAUGCCGUCAACUCCACAGUAGUACCGACUGGAACGACGUUAGACUCCCAGGGGCAGGAGUUUGAAGGACUGGAGGAACAGCUCGAAGUCAUAAUCGAAGACGAGAACGUUGAGUCGAAAGAUGAGGAUGCUUCUCUCAAGCCUCCCUAUACACCACUCAGCUUCACCAUGUCCGAAGAUCUCUUCAAGGAGGCAAAGAAGGCGGCUGAGGACACUCCAAAGUCUUACUGGACUUACAACCUCUAUCGUGGACCUGACAAGGAUGGAAAGAUGAACAAGAAGGUCGAGGUUCAUUAUUGCCGAAGUGCUAAUACCACUGAGAGGGAAUACUUUAUGGAUGAGAAGCUUCUUGGUCUUGACCUGGAAUGGGAAAUCAGCGCAAAGGAGAGCCAUGGCCCGAGGCAGAACGUGUCGAUUGCUUCGGAGAAGCGGAUUGGCAUCUUUCACAUUUCGCUUUAUCCCGGGAAGGACGAGCUGGCUUCGCCGUUACUGAAGCAGAUCAUCGAGGACGCCGAGGUUAUCAAGGCCGGUGUCUGGAUCAUGGGCGACUGCACCCGUCUGAAAAAGUUCCUCGGAAUCGAGGCAAGGGGAAUCUAUGAGCUCUCUCACCUGUACAAGCUCGUCAAGUACUCUGCUUCCGGCGAGCACAAGCUUGUCAACAGGCUACUCGUCCCACUGGCAUCCUUGGUGAAGGAGAUCCUACAAUUACCCAUGUUCAAAGGAUCGGUGCGGACAAGUGAAUGGUCCAAACCCCUGAACAUGGACCAAAUCCUCUACUCAGCCUCCGACGCCUACGCCGGCGUACAGCUCUUCGCCAUGCUGGACCACCAACGGAAGCAACUCAAUCCCACUCCUCCCCUCCCCUAUGCCGCCGAGCUCAAACUGCCCAUCAGACUCGCCGCGGACGUCAUCCUCGAAGAAGCCGGCUUACAAGACGAACCGCUCCCGGACGAAGCAGCCGCGCCCGACGCCGCUCUAUCAGCCGACUACCUCUCCAUCGUCGGUGACAACAUCAACGUCGAGAUCGAAGGGGACGGGAGCACCACCCUCAGCGGCGAAGAUGCCCUUACAACCUCGGCCACCACCACCAAAACCACCAAGAAACCCACCAAGAAGACCACUGAACCCUCCUCAACAACAGCCACAAAACGCAAACGCACCCCCGAAGAACCCAAAGAGCCUAAAGAGCCCAAAGAGCCCAAAGAACCCAAAAAAACCAAACCCAUCGACCCCCUAAUCUCCGAAGCCACCCUCUGGGCCCAAAACUACCUUCUCUCCCGCAAACCCGAACCCCUCGCCCACAAAACCCCCCUCUCCGUCUACCACCUGCGCGCCUACUACCUCUGGUCGCGCAACCCGUCCCUCAACUGCGAAGCUCUGGCCGCGCUGCUGGGCAUCAAAACAUCCACGGCCGCGCAAUAUAUCCUGAUCGCUAUUCAGCGGGAAAAGGGACGGUUGUCGUUUGAGCCGAGACGCAUGAAGGAGGAGAUUUUUGGGUCUGGGGUGAUUCCGGAGGAGACUUUGCGGCUUAGGUGGCAGGGUGUGCAGAUGCUUUAUGAGGAGGCGGAGGCGGGGAUUACAACAGGGGAUGGGGUGGAGGGGGUGAAUAAGGGGAAGAAUGAGGCACAGGCAGAGGUGAAGGUGAAGGUGAAGGUGAAGGAGGAGAGCGUGGAGGAUGUGGUGAUGGCUGCGUUGGAGGCUGAGGAUUUGGACUUGGAUGAGGAGUUGUCGCUGGAAAACAGCCAGGGCAGCAGUCAAGGGACGGUCGAUGAGGAAGAGGCGGAGAGGUUAAGGAAGAUGUCGAGGAGUCACUGA